CGUCUUUUCGAUCUGGUUGUUGGAGUUCGCCAUUUUGUGACUCGGUCGUGUGUUGAGUGCUGGGUUUCUUUAGCAAUUAGCUGAUUGUUACUCGCUUAAAAGUCAUAUUAUAAUAAGCCGAAGAUGGGUCAGGCAGGCCUUAAUGAUGAAGGAUGUGUGGUUAAAGUUAGGGGUCUCCCAUGGUCUACAACCGAAGAAGACAUAGUUAAAUUUUUUUCUGAAUGCAACAUCAGAAAUGGAAAAAAAGGUGUCCAAAUGACUCUCUCUCGUGAAGGCCGUCCAAGUGGUGAGGCUUACAUUGAAAUGGAAACUCCAGAAGAUGUUGAACUGGCAUGCAAAAGAGAUAGAGAUUAUAUGGGUCACAGAUACAUUGAAGUUUUUAAGGCCAAUAAGUCAGAAAUGGAAUGGGUUGUGGAACGUUGUGGCCACAAUAUGGAGCUGAGUAGGGACGAUGCUUGUGUCCGUCUUCGUGGUCUACCAUUUGAUUGCACAAUUGAUGAGAUUAUAAAUUUCUUUUCCGGGCUGGAGAUAGUUGGGAACGGGAUAAUUCUGGCGACCGACAACUCUGGGCGAACGACAGGGGAGGCGUACGUUCAGUUUGUUAACAAAGAGACGGCAGAGCAAGCUCUGCUCAAACACAAGGAAAAAAUAGGACACAGGUACAUCGAGAUUUUCCGAAGCAGCAUAGCUGAAGCUAAGCUGGCAGCUGGACCCAAGAUGCGAAGUGGUUUCUCUAUGAAUCAGAGACACGCUCCUUAUGACAGAGGCGACAGAUUCGGAGGAAUGAAUCGCUAUAGCCAAAUGGGCGGAGGUGGCCGUAGCAGCCAGAGAAGUUUUAGAGGUAUUGGCAGGCAGGGAGGCAGUUUCAGCGACUUCGAUGAUGAUCCAUGGGAAGAUCAGCCAAGGGUUAGGCCUUGGGAAGACUCACGUUCAAGGAGAGGCGGCCCAUGGGAAGACUCACGAAGAGGAGGGCAAUGGGAAAGCAGAGGUGGUUUCAGUGACUACGACGACGGCCCAUGGGAAGGAGGUCCAGGUGGCGGACCCUGGGACAGCAGUGGACCUGGAUUGGGACCUAGGGGAGGCAUCAAACCAUUGCUGCCAAGCUUGGGACCCCCAGACAGGGGCUUCGGCAGUGGAGGCAACGGCUGGCAGCCACCGACUCACUGUGUUCACAUGAGGGGUCUACCUUUCAGAGCCACCCAGGCAGACAUUGCGGAGUUUUUCAGACCUAUCAUUCCUGUUAGCAUUAGGAUCCUUUAUGACAAUUCAGGCCGUCCAUCGGGAGAAGCUGAUGUGGAAUUUAGCUGCCAUGAUGAUGCCGUCAAAGCCAUGACUAAGGAUAAGAGCCAUAUGCAGCAUAGGUACAUCGAACUUUUCAUGGACUCCACACCAGGUGGUGGUGAUAGAUUUGGAGGAAAUGGUUUUAGCAGUAGAGGUAGAGCAGGUAUGGCUGGAGGAGGCUUUUCAAGGAGAUACUAAAUUGUAAUUAAGCCAUCUUUCUUAGAAACAAGUCAUUUUACUGUCAUCACCAUUGCUAUGUGUAUUAUCUUCAGUAACAUAUUGAAUAAAUAUAGUCUUUUUGCCCCUUUAAUUAUGGCUUUUGAUAAUACAGAAACCUAGAUAAGAAUAAAAAUUUGUCUCCCUAUUUAGUUUUUGUUUUCUUUGCCAUAUUUUUUUUUUCCUUUUAAAAGGGAAGUUUCUUAUAACAGUUGUUUUAAGAGGUAAUUAAGUAAUUCAUUAAACAUAUGUUUACUUACUUUUUCUUUAUUUUUAUAAUUCUUUAUUGAUAUUUAAAAUGUAAUUGUCAGUUUUCUGCUGCAUUACUCAAGCAGUUUAAUAAUUCUGCUAUACAUUUGGUAUAAGUAAUAAAAACUUUAAUUUUUAUGUUUAAUAGCAAAACCUAUGUAUGUAUGUAGAUUAGGUUUAUCAUAAGUAAAUUUAUGCUCAAGUAUUGUAUGUGUUACUUUUUUGCAAGAAAUAUAGGGUAGUAAAUUUGAAUAACAGCAUUAUCUUUUUUUAAUUAAUAUAAAAAUUGUAAUAUUUUUACUAAUUCACUGUUUUUAUCCACUUUAAUGUUCAUUCGUGUACUAUAUCAGACAUUAUUAAAUUGUUAUGUAACAGACUUAUUCUUUUUCUAAUUUAUUUUUCUUUUGGUCUUAUACAAAAAGGUGUGUGAUUUUAAAUUUUUAAUAAAGUUACAUUUUGCACAUCUAUUGAUUGG